AGUUGUAGUUCGGGACGGCUGCGCCCAUGGCGGACGCGGGCGGCAGCGGCGGCGGCGGGGCCGGGCCGGGCCCGGGGGGUGGGGCUGCCUCUCCUCCCGCCCCCGCCGGGGACCCCCCCACUGUCCCCGCAGCUCGCCAGGAGGAGGCGGAGCAGGACGCCGAGUCUCCGGUCUCGGACCCCGAGCCGGGCGCUUCGGCCGACGCUGACAUGGAGCUGCUGCGGACGCUCCUGUCCCGGACGCUGGGGCUCGGCGGGGACAAACCGGAGCCGGUGCUGGACGAGCUGAGCCUGCGGGGCGUGAGCCGCUUCCUGCAGAGUGACCGCUGUAAGAACGUCGUGUGCAUGGUGGGCGCUGGCAUCUCCACCUCCGCCGGGAUCCCGGAUUUCCGCUCCCCCGGCACUGGGCUCUACUCCAACCUGCAGAGCUAUGACCUCCCCUACCCCGAGGCCAUCUUUGAGAUCGGCUUCUUCAAGAAACACCCAGAGCCCUUUUUCGCCCUUGCCCGUGAGCUCUACCCGGGGCAGUUCAAGCCCACGGUGUGUCACUACUUCAUGCGGCUGCUGCAGGACAAGGGGCUUUUGCUGCGCUGCUACACCCAGAACAUCGACACUCUGGAGAGGGUGGCAGGGCUGGACCCCGAGCUGCUGGUGGAGGCUCACGGCACGUUCUUCACCUCGCACUGCCUGCGGGGCUCCUGCCGCCAGCGCUACGGCCUGGCCUGGAUGAGGGAGCGGAUUUUCUCCUCCCUCGUCCCCAAAUGUGAGAAGUGCCAGGGGCUGGUGAAACCUGAUAUUGUGUUUUUUGGGGAGACCCUCCCCUCGCGCUUCUUCACCCUCGUGGAGUCGGACUUUGAGAAAGUGGACCUGCUGCUCAUCAUGGGCACCUCGCUGCAGGUGCAGCCCUUCGCCUCCCUCAUCAGCAGGGUCCCCACCAACACCCCCAGACUCCUGAUCAACAAGGAGAAGACGGGACAGAGUGACCCCCUGAUGUCCCUGAUGGGCUUUGGUGGGAUGGACUUCGACUCAGACAAGGCCUACAGGGACGUGGCCUGGCUGGGGGACUGCGACAGUGGCUGCCUGGCCCUGGCUGAGCUGCUGGGAUGGAAGGAGGAGCUGGAGGAGCUGGUGCGGAGGGAGCACGCGGCCAUCGAUGCCAAGGCGGGGGACGUGGAUGGGGGGGAUCCCCAAAAGCACCAGGGGGAUGAGGACAAGGAUGGGGGGAGCCCCAGGAAGAGCCUGGGGGACGGGCCCAAGGCUCUAAGUGACCCCAAAAAGCCCCAGGAGGAAAAGGCCAAGGCUGAAAAGGAUCCCAAAAUGCCCCAGGGGGGCAGCGAGGACCCUCCCCAUAGCACGGGGGGGGCAACCCAAAAUUAAGGAGUCACAGAGGAGUUAUUGGCUAUGUGUAGGGUGGUGGGGGGGAGGGUAGAGGGACUGGGGCUUUAUUUUUUUUUGUUAAAAGAAGAAAGAGAAAAAAACAUAUAGGAGAGGGGAAAAGUAAGUUAGAGAAGAAAAAGGGGAGGUUGAGGGUGCAAAAAAAAGGUUUUUUUCCACCCCUAAAAGGGGAUGUUAUAUCUCCAAAAUGCAUGGGAAUUCACAGGGAGGGUGUGGGAGCUUUGUGUGCAAAACACUGAAACCUGUGAAGUUUCUCACUUUUAUAUCUACUGAGAAAUAAUGUUCAUUUAAAUAAAAAGAAAAUGUUUCAAAAUAAA